AUGAGCAAAGAUGACAAGCGUGAUUUCAUCAUGUUUGAAGGCGAGGGCCAGCCAGCUUUCGGAAUAAGCUUAAGAAGUUGGAGAGUUCUUCUCACGUUCACAAAGUGUCCCACCGGCGCUGCAGGGCAACAGGAGUACGACUGGGAACGAAGCAUCAACAUCAAGAUGAAGGAGCAAGUCAUAGCAUUUCUGUCGAAACUGCUUAAGGUGCUAUUCGGGGAGGACAGCAAAGACCCACAGCCUACGCAAUCUACGCAUUCCUUGACAAUAUUCAGUCACCAGGAGCAGAUGCGACGGCGGGAAGUUCACAUGAAGGAGAGCCUGGAAAGGGUGAGUCAGGCUCUCCACCGACGAUGGCGCAGACAACGUGACAGGGACAAGGCGCACGCUAUGGAGCGAAUUGCCGCUCUUCGGAAGGUCAUGGACGACACGGAGGACGAGCUGGACAAGAUCCGAAAAGAACAGGCGGAAGCUACAGAGAAAGAGGUGGAAGCUUUGGAAGGUGAAAGGCGACGCCUCCAGGAGCAAACGCGCGUGUUGAUGUCCGCUGCCUUGGUCGUUCGCCAAGAAAAGGCACGGAUAAACAAGGCGUGGUAUGCUGAGCAACGGGAGAAGAAGGCGUUGACCUUUCAGCCCCUGGGAUUUCGAGCAGGUGUGCUAGCUUGCGCAGGAGUGUCUUUUGCUUAUCAGGUUAUCGGCUGUAGAAUUUUCGAGGUGGUUAGCUUGGAAAGUCGUCCCUGCGUGCUGGUCAACAUAGAGUUGUGA